AAAUUCCCUCCAUGGCAUUGUCCAAUGGUUGUAAGGGAUUUGAGGGCUUUAUGACGAAGGGUAGGGGAAAGCCCAACCGGCCCCGUAUAAAAGCACCCCCCGGGGGAUGAGACCCUUCAGUCUAGUCUUUUUCUUUUCUAGUCACCAGUAGUCAAGUGCUACUAAGCAUUCCUAGUCUAUAUUGCAAGUAAGAAGAUUUUUGCAAUUUUCCAUCACAGAUAUGUUGAGAAGCGAAUACGCAGGAUUUUCUACAUCGACAUUAGCGAUGUUAGCCGACGAUUGUCUGGUCCAAGAUUUAGAGUCAACGGAUCUAUUCGACGUCAGUUCUACAGACUCAAGUUUGAGGUCGGCCAGCUUUAUGGAUUCUGGAGUUCAGGAGACGAAAGAACCCAACAACAACCACCUGCCGCUACAGAUUUGCAAUUACGGGAACGAGUGGCAAUCUGUGGAAGGGACGUUUUUUGGAGAGAUUAACUACUGGAGACAAAAUGCCAUCCCCGAAACGAAGUCGGCUGCGGAAAAUUCUGUUUACCCUUAUUCGGUCUUCGGAGCGGAAGAUCCAAGUACGUGGCAGAGGCAGGAAACACAAGAAAGCUCGAGUUACACAAACAACACGGCUGGAGAUUUAGACGAUCUGAUGAACGUGGUGCCUUCCAAUUUCUCCAAAAAUUUCGUUGCACAUGUUGAAAAUGCAGAAUCGCCAAACUUCCUUGAAAUGAACAACGCGACGACACACGCUGCUGAUGCCAUGACUCUCCAUGAAGAAAUCUCGUACCCUCAGAACACCCAAGGAUUCGUGGACUUGACAACCGACAUAGCAGAACCGCAAGAAGAGUAUUGCCCGAACGGUUCCUACUCAUUUGGCUCACGGGUCAGCCCGGUAGCAGUUCCAGCUCCGGUCGACCCUAUAUUCACCCUCAUCACAAAACCAACAAAAAAGUACACGAAACGAUCCAAAAACGGAGCAUCGACUUCCGGCACUCGUAGGGAAAGAUCUCUCCACUACUGCCACAUCUGCAGCAAAGGGUUUAAAGAUAAAUACUCUGUCAACGUCCAUAUAAGAACCCACACAGGUGAGAAACCCUUCCAUUGUUCCUACUGCGCCAAAUGCUUCAGGCAGAAAGCUCAUUUGGCCAAACAUUACCAGACACACUUGAACAGGACAAAAUCCAACUGAGUACAAUUUUGUAAAGAGAC